AUGACGAUCCGUUUCAAUCUGUUCAGUUUGGAUGGAACCAAAGUGAAGAAGGUGACCAAGUUCAAGGUGGAGAGGUGCCAGCCGAGGGCCAGAGAAGUAGGUGCCAGUCGAGGGCCAGAGAAGUCAGGUGCCAGCCGAGGCCUGGUCCUGCUGGUCCAGCUGGGUCUGCUGACCUAUGACCUGUGUGUCAACUCCUUCAGUGAGCUGCUCAGGGCAGGGCCCGUCAUCCAGCUGGUGCUGUUCAUCAUCCAGGAUGUAGCCGCGCUGUUCAACGGGAUCCUCAUUCUGCUGAUGAUGCUCAACACGUACGUUUUCCAGGUCGCUCUACUACUGGAGAGGUUUAAAGCCUUACUGACGCUGUCUGCCUUCUACCUCACCCUCAGCAUCUCCUUUCACUGCUGGGUAGUGAACCUGAGAUAGUCCAACAGUUUGACCUGGACAAACGGCCUUCAGGUUCUCUUUGUCUCCCAGAGGGCUGCUGCAGUGUUGUAUUACUACUUCUACAAACGGACGACAGAGUGUCUGGGAGACCCGCGGCUGUCUGACGGUUCUGUCUGGCCGAGGGAUGCCUUCGUCAGUGAGGAGGGAGGGGCUGGAGGAUCUAUUGGCUGA